CUGGAUGUACCUGCGUUUGCAAACCGAGCGAGUUCACUAGUGUUACUGCAUACAGUAAGUAAGCCUUCGAAGCCUUCGUAUUCUGUUUUUACCUACUUAAAGAGGGUUCAACCAUCGACUAACGGCGAACUUAUGCUAGUGUUAUGUGACGUUAUAAAAGAAGCCAAGUUGCCUGACGGUGUCGUUAAUAUGGUGUUCGGAUCCGGUCCCGAGGUCGGAGAAGCCUUGGUAAAUCACCCGAAAGUGCCUUUGAUAUCUUUUACGGGAGGAACCGUGACAGGACAAAAGAUCAUAGCCAAUAGCGCCAAACACUUUAAGAAAUUAUCCUUGGAACUUGGUGGCAAGAAUGCAAACAUUGUAUUUGAUGAUUGCAAUUUCGACAAAGCUAUUGAAGGCAGUAUCCGGGCAGCUUUUAGUAAUCAGGGAGAGAUCUGCCUCUGUGGUUCACGAAUAUUUGUUCAUUCUUCGAUAUACUCGCAGUUUCUUGACGCGUUUGUUGAGAAAGCAAAAGCCCUAAUUGUCGGUGACCCAGCCGAUAGUAAAACGCAAGUUGGGGCAUUGAAUUCCGAGCAACAUAUGCAAAAGGUUUUGGGUUAUAUCGAACUAGCAAAGGAAGAAGGGGGAAACAUCGUUUGUGGGGGUAAGAGAAAAGUUUUCGAGGGGGAGUUAAAGGAUGGAUAUUUCGUGGAACCGACUGUCAUCACUGGGUUGCCUCCGACGUGUCGAGUAGCACAAGAAGAAAUAUUUGGACCCGUAGUAACCAUACACCAAUUUACAACGGCGGAUGAAGCCAUAUCAUUUGCCAAUGAUUCACAAUACGGUUUAAGCUGCUCAAUCUGGACAGAAAACAUCCGCCGAGCGCGUCAAGUUGCAGAGACAGUUCAAGUAGGAACCGUAUGGGUGAACUGCUGGAUGCUUCGUGAUCUGAGAAUGCCAUUUGGGGGAUCGAAAAAGAGUGGGCUUGGUCGCGAAGGCGCAGACUACAGUCUAGACUUCUAUACGGAAUCCAAGACCAUCUGUUUAGCUAAUUAG